AUGGAAGAAAGUGAUGAACAGCCUAUCUCGUUAGGGAAGCAGGAAAUUAGAAGGAGAAGGCGACCCAGCCAACCAAUGGUAGAUAAGUCACAGCAGACUGAAGCAACAGAAAAAAAGAAACCCACGGCUGUAGUACAACUUCCUGCCCCCAAAGGUACCUUCAGUAUUGAUAAUAUUUCUGGAAGCAAAAGCACCUACUCUGCAAAGGAAUAUGAGCCUGUAAGACUGUCCUCUCAACUUCAGAAAACUUGGGUGAAGAGAAAGUGUGGCCAGAUAGUGACUGACAAAUCAUUGCAGACAGACACUGCUGUUGAAGAAAAACUGGAAGUCAUAUUCAUUGAUAAAUCACUUACACUUGAAGAAAACCCAGAAACAGCUCCAGAAUUGCCACUGAGUGUUCGAAAUGCAGAGAUUCCAACAAGCAGAACCUGCACUCAUCUUACAGACAAAUCUCAGCAGACCAGCUGUACUGGUGACUGGAGUGUGGUGAAUAUUUGCCCAAAAGCUAAAACAGACAAAGAACAACAGACCUACUUCAGUGAGUUAGAAAUUACUGUCAUGUCUAUGCCAGGUAGCUCUUUGAGUAAACCAAAGGAAGAAGUAGUACCUGUUGAAAUAAAGGCUUCUCUUGAAAUAGAUGUACUGUCAACUGAAAAAGUCUCUAAUGCCAUGAUGUCUUUUACUGAAGGGGAGAUUUCUGCUGAAUUUCAGGCCCUACCAGCUGAUGAAGCCACAGCUAAAGCAAUGCUCUUCCUUACAGAGGAGAUGCCUAGCCUCAUACCGUCUCCACUUGAAGAGACCUCUGCAGUUGAGACAGACACUUCAACUAUGAGAGUUGCUGUGAAAAUACAACCUCCAUCAAAUGUCGAGCUUCAUUCUGUACAGAGCUCUCUGUCAAUGCAAGAGGCUCUUGCACGUGAGCCUUCUGAUCAACAGAAUCCUGAAGAUGUUAAGGUGGCUCCUUCAGAACUUUCUACUGAAGUUCUGGUUCCAUUCACAGAAGAGGUGCUUGGGAAUAUUCAAGCUUCAGCAGUUGAGAGUCUCUGUGAAGAAACCUUGGGUAGUGUAGAACCUACUCCUGGUGAUGUGCAACCUCCACCAUCUGAUGAUGCAUGUAGUGAAGUUCUUUAUGGAUUAGAGUCACCACCAGAUAAGCAGUCAGUAGAAGAGGACUCUGCAGAAGUUGUUCCUUUACUAAAUGAGGAACUUCCUACAGAUGAGGUCUUUGCAGGAGGUCAGCCUCCAUCAACAGAGGAUGCUCUCGAAGAAGUAUGCUCUGCAGAAGAAGUUCUGCCUCCACCAACUGAAGACGAACCUGAAGAAGAAACCUGUGCAGAAAUUCAGGCUCUACCAGCUGAGGAAGCCCCUGGAGAAGAGACUCCUGCAGAAAGUCCACCUCCACAAACUGAGGAGAGCCCUGCAGAAGCUCCAUGUCCACCAGCAGAGGAGAUCCCUGUAGAAGCUCCAUGUCCACCAGCAGAGGAGAUCCCUGCAGAAGCUCCAUGUCCACCAGCAGAGGAGAUCCCUGCAGAAGCUCCAUGUCCACCAGCAGAGGAGAUCCCUGCAGAAGCUCCAUGUCCACCAGCAGAGGAGAUCCCUGCAGAAGCUCCAUGUCCACCAGCAGAGGAGAUCCCUGCAGAAGCUCCAUGUCCACCAGCAGAGAAGAUCCCUGAAGAAGCUCCAUCUCCACCAGCAGAGGAGAUCCUUGCAGAAGCUCCAUGUCCACCAGCAGAGAAGAUCUCUGAAGAAGCUCCAUGUCCACCAGCAGAGGAGAUCCCUGCAGAAGCUCCAUGUCCACCAGCAGAGGAGAUCCCUGCAGAAGCUCCAUGUCCACCAGCAGAGGAGAUCCCUGCAGAAGCUCCAUGUCCACCAGCAGAGAAGAUCCUUGCAGAAGCUCCAUGUCCACCAGCAGAGAAGAUCCCUGAAGAAGCUCCAUGUCCACCAGCAGAGGAGAUCCCUGAAGAAGCUCCAUCUCCACCAGCAGAGGAGAUACCUGCAGAAGCUCCAUGUCCACCAGCAGAAGAGAUCCCUGCAGAAGCUCCAUCUCCACCAGCAGAAGAGAUCCCUACAGAAGCUCCACCUCCACCAGCUGAGGCAAGCCCUGUGGAGGUCCUAUCUCUGUCAGGUAAGUCUUCAGCAGAAGAGGCCUCUGCAGAAGUUCAGCCUUCAUCUCUUGAGGGGGUUCAUCUAGAAGGUAUUCCUCUAGAAAAAGAAGUUGUGAUUCUACAAGCUGAAGAGAUCCCUCUAGAAGAUUUAUCUGAAGACGUGCAACCACUGCCACUUGAGAAGGAGAAUGUUGCAGAAGGGAUCCCAGUUGAACUUUAUGCUCUUCAAGUUGAAGAAUACCCUGCAGGAGAGACCACUGUUGAAGGCCAGCCUUCAUCAUUUGAGGGUGCUCCAACAGAAGACCCCCUUACUGAAGCUCCGCUUCCAGCGGCUGAGGCAAGCCCUGCAGAAGAGACUCCCAUAGAAGAGGCACCAGCUGAAGUUCAGUCUCUACUAGCUGAGGAGGUCUUUACUGAAGUAGUCACAAUGGAAGAUGCCCCUGCAAGUGAAGCUGGGUCUCCUUCAUCUGAGGGGGCUCCUACAGAAGAAGCCCAAUUGACAUCAGCUGAAGAGAUCCCUGGAAAACCUUCUGCUGAUGUUCAACCUCCACCACCCGAGACCCCUGCAGAAGAGUCUCCCGUUGUUAAACAGCCUUCAAAAACUGAUGUGGUUCCUACACAAGAGCUUCCUGUGGAAGAGAAGCCUGCUGAUGAUCCACUUCCACCUUCUGUACAAACCCCUAAAGAUAAGGAUCUACCAAAAGAUGCUGAGGUAUCAAGCAUCUCAGACAAAGAAUUAGAUCCUGCUACUUCGACAGGUGGUAAAACACGGGAAACACCGGGAGUGUCUAGGAAAAAAGAUGAUCAGUUCUCCACUUUCAAAAUAGAAGGUACCAUUAAAAUAGAAUUAAAGAGCUCCAUCUCCUGA